AUGAGGCUGCGGAUCUACAAGCGGAAGGUGCUGCUGCUGGCGCUGGCGCUGGCGGCCUGCGCGCUGGUGCUGUGGGGAGGCGGGGGGACGGGCGGGCGGCGGAGGCGGCCGCAGCAGCCGCAGCAGCGGGGCGGCACCGGAGAGCCGCCGCGGGUCAGCGAAGCGCCGCGCCGCCCCGCCGGCGCCGGCAACGCCUCGGCCUCGGCCUCCGCCGCCGCCCCGACCGCCGGCGCGGAGAACGGCACGCUGAGCUACCGCUCGCUCGUCUACCGCCUCAACUUCGACCAACCGCUGCGCAACGCGGGGCGCUUCCCGGCCCGGCCCGGCGGCCCCGACGUGGUGCUGGUGGUGCAGGUGCACGACCGCGCCGAGCACCUGCGGCUGCUGCUCGAGUCCCUGCGGCGCGCGGCGGGCGUGGAGAACGUGCUGCUGGUGCUGAGCCACGACCUGUGGGCCGACGAGCUGAACCGGCUGGCGGCCGGCGUGGACUUCUGCCCGGUGCUGCAGGUCUUCUUCCCCUUCAGCGUGCAGCUGUACCCCCGCGAGUUCCCCGGCCACGACCCCCGCGACUGCCCCCGCGACGUGGGCAGGGCGGCGGCGCUGCGCCUGGGCUGCCUCAACGCCGAGUUCCCCGACUCGUUCGGCCACUACCGCGAGGCGCGCUUCUCGCAGACCAAGCACCACUGGUGGUGGAAGCUGCACUUCGUGUGGGAGCGCGUGCGGGCGCUGCGGGAGCACGCCGGGCCCUUCGUCUUCCUGGAGGAGGACCACUACCUGGCGCCCGACUUCUACCACGUCCUCAAGCGGCUGUGGGCGCUGCGGCAGCGCGACUGCCCCGAGUGCCAGCUGGUCUCGCUGGGCUCCUACGCACUGGGCCGCGGGGGCUUCGCCGGCCGCGCCGACAAGGCAGAGGUGAAGACGUGGAAGUCCACGGAGCACAACAUGGGCAUGGCCUUCGGCAGAGACACCUACAGGCAGCUCAUCGAGUGCACGGACGCCUUCUGCACGUACGAUGACUACAACUGGGACUGGACGCUGCAGCACUUGACUGUCUCGUGUCUUCCAAAGUUCUGGAAGGUGCUGGUACCCGAAAUCCCGCGCGUGUUUCACACGGGAGACUGCGGCAUGCACCACAAGAAGUCCUGCAGGCCGUCCUCCCAGAGUGCCAAAAUCGACUCUCUGUUGAGCAGCAACCGGCAGUACCUGUUCCCCAAGACGAUGAGCGUCAGCAAAAGGUACUCCAUGGCCCCCCUGUCCCCUCACGUCAAGAACGGAGGCUGGGGGGACAUCCGGGACCACGAACUCUGUAAGAGUUAUCGCCGCCUCCAGUGAGGACCUCGCUCGCAGCCUUCUCCUUUUUGAACUGCCCCAUCCCGUCUUUUACAGACACACACGUGUAUAAAGAGAAAAACAAACGAAAAAAACAAGCAUUUAUGAGUUGGUUUCUGCUUUAAUAUGAAUAAACAUUCAUGUCAAAGGUGUCCCAAAA